CUCAAGCCUCCCUAUAUUCCAUCCUACGUUUUCUCCAUUGGAGACUUCUACCAUUGCCACAAACCUGUUCCUUAUAUGCAAACGUCUAAAACUGAAGCCAACCUACUCUUCUAAACACUUAAUAUUCCCCUUUUUCUACAGAGUACACACUUUUAUCUUCUCCCUAUCUCUUCUCUUUCUACUACAAAUUUAAACUCUCCUGUUCUCUCUAUACCUCUCCCUCUUAUCUACUGCUUUCACUAUGCCUUCAAGACUCACUGACGCCUUUAGAGCCCACCCUGUCCAUCUCCAUCACAAGCAUCUUGACUUUACCUCUCUCCAAGAACUACCUGACUCCUACAAAUGGACUCAACUCGACGACCAUGCUCACUACCCUUCUGGCGGUGCCGAAUCCGUUCCGGUUAUCGAUCUUUCUGACCCCAAUGCUUUUAAAAAGAUAGGCCAUGCAUGCAAAACCUGGGGUGUGUUUCAAGUCACAAACCAUGGUUUUCCAUCUACUCUUCUUGAUAACACUGAGAAAGCUAGCAAGAGUCUUUUCUGUUUACCUAUACAGCAAAAGCUGAAAGCAGCUAGAUCACCUGAUGGAGUUUCAGGCUAUGGUAUAGCAAGAAUUUCUUCAUUCUUCUCAAAGCUCAUGUGGUCUGAAGGAUUCACCGUAGUUGGAUCACCAGUAGAGCAUUUUCGCCAACUUUGGCCUCAAGAUUACACUCAAUUCUGUGAUAUAAUUGAAGAAUACCAGAUGGAGAUGCAAAAGUUGGCUGCAAGGUUGAUGUGGUUAAUGUUGGGCUCUCUCGGCAUAACCAAAGAAGACGUCAAAUGGGCUGGCCCAAAAGGCGACUUCGAAGGGGCUUCCGGUGCCUUACAAUUCAAUUACUACCCAGCUUGCCCAGAUCCGGAUCGAGCCAUGGGUCUUGCUGCUCAUACUGACUCAACUCUACUCACCAUCCUCCACCAGAACAGUACUAGUGGGUUGCAAGUUCUAAGAGAGGGAACCGGGUGGGUCACCGUUCCUCCGAUUCCUGGUGGGCUAGUAAUCAAUGUAGGAGACCUUCUUCACAUCUUAUCAAAUGGGUUGUACCCGAGUGUUCUCCACCGAGCAGUGGUUAACCGGACCAAACACCGGUUGUCCAUGGCUUAUCUCUACGGGCCGCCAUCAAGUGUUAAAAUUUCACCCUUAUCAAAACUAGUAAGCCCAAGUCAACCACCUCUGUACCGGCCAGUCACUUGGAAUGAGUACCUUGGCACUAAAGCUAAGCACUUCAACAAAGCACUAUCUUCUGUUAGGGUAUGUGCUCCUCUAAAUGGGUUAGUUGAUGUAAAUGACCAUAGUAAUAGGGUAAAAGUAGGGUAGGGAUUAAUAAUUAAUCUCUUGUUGUAAUUCAUCCAAUUUUGUCUUCUUUUUUAAUUAAUCUUCAAAGAUUUUGAUGGACAA